CUUGCAAAGUGUCUGAUAUGUCUCACUUCGAGCUCAAGAAUAAAGUCUCGUCUGUUCUUCGCCCGACUGCAGUGAUUCUGUUAGCACAAGAAGUUAUUCCAGGCUGGUGCGAACAGUAUGCUCAGGAGGGAUAUGAUGUCUACCAGCUCUGCUUCCCGAUACAAGAAAUUACCUUGCAUGAGAUCGCCCUUAAUCUUAGUCAAGCGAAGACGGAUUUCGCUAUUAUCUCUUAUGGACUUACUGGAGAAGAUGCUGGCUCGUAUCGCAGGUCCAUGCGAAACGUCAUUGACCUCAAACUGAAAGCCUGUAUUCAUUACUCGCCCGCCCUAGAGGAUGGCGUAUCACUGCUCGUUACGGAUAUGGAGGGUAAAUUCGUGUCAACGACGUUCCAUCUCGCAGCAGCACAGGAGAAGCUUCAAGCAUCUCUGCUAUCCUUAACGGAUACCAGGGGCCUUUCAUACAGUCUGAAGCCGACUCAGUUUCCUCCAGUAUUGGUCUAUACUUAUCCAUUAGUUCCGGUUACCCCUGCGUUCCCCUUAUUGACGACAGCACCAGCUGCUGUUGUACCAGGACAGAAUACAGCAGUGGACCCUCAUGUGUUGUCCGCGACAAAUAUCGCUUACACAAGGUCACUUGAACUUUUAAGAAGGGAGAUAGGACCUAGGUUCGAUCUUGAAAAGGUUUGGAACGACCACAUAUAUUACGAAUUUGCAGAAAGGGAUCACGCCAAAACUAUGGCGACUAUGGUCAAAGUUCCCUAUGUCAACCACAUCCCGACAAUGACAGGCGGUGUUGGCUAUGAAGAACUCGCUCGCUUUUACAAGUACCAUUUCACCGCGAAUUCGAUUACGCCUCCAGAUACGGAGAUGAUCACGGUAUCACGAACAGUUGGCGCUGAUCGAAUCAUCGACGAGAUGAUUUUCAAAUGUACUCACACAACGAUGAUUGACUAUCUGUUACCUGGCAUUGAGCCGACCGGGAAAAGGCUGGAGAUAGCGCUUGUUGGUGUCAUAGCGUUCAGAGGGGAUAAACUCUGUUUCGAGCAUAUAUAUUGGGACCAGGCUUCUGCACUCGUACAGCUUGGUCUUCUGGAUGCAACGCGCCUCCCGGUGGCCGGGAUAGAUGUUGCGCAGAAGGUACUGGAUCCAUUUGGUAAGCCAAGCAACACGUUGAUGGCACGAUGGAAAGAAAGCGAGGGAUUGGGUAUUGAGUGAGAGCUGCGGAAUGUUGUUGAUGCAGGCAUUACCGUGGCACAAUAACUCGUAUUCAGAAAGGCUAUGCUGUAAAUUGUUAUUAAGUUGUAUGUAUGUACGAAAAUGAGUGUAGGAAAC